AUGGCUACUAGAACGGGACGUGAGACCAUGGAGUACUUUUGUGAUGCGGUCAUCAAUUUGUAUCAAAAGGAGUUCUUACGUAGGCCGUUAUCUCAUGACAUUGCUCUCAUCACACAAGCUCAUGAAGAAAGACACCACAUUCCAGGAAUGCUUGGCAGUCUUGAUUGUACACACAUCGAAUGGAGGAUGUGCCCUAAACACUUAAAAGGGCAAUACACGAGGGGUGAUCACAAGGUACUUACUAUUAUGAUUGAAUGUGUUGCUUUUUAUGACUUGUGGAUUUGGCAUUCUUUUUUCGGUCCCGCUGGAUCGAACAACGAUGUCAAUGUUUUGCAGCAGUCGCCGUUGUUUCAAAACGAGUGUAAUGGAUCCACGCCAGACAGGUCAUUUAGCGUAAAUGGACAUGAUUACAAGCACAGUUACUACCUUACCGAUGGAAUCUAUCCUAGGUGGGCUGCGUUUGUUAAAGCUUAUCCUCAUCCAGUGGAACAUGAUGAAAAGAAAUUUAAAAGACUACAAGAGGCUGCAAGAAAGGAUGUUGAGCAAGCGUUUGGUGUUCUCAAGGGAAAAUGGAAGAUCUUGGACCAUCCCCUUCGGCUAUGGACAAAGGAGAAGAUCAAAAAAGUCGUCGCUGCGUGUACACAACAUGAUCAUCAAAGACAACGGGCGGGCAAUAUCAUUGGUUCAUAUUAUGGAUCCACCGGUGCCAAGAGUUUAUAA